AUGGACAAUUCGGACCCCCAAAAAUCAGCAUCAAAUCUAUCAACACUCAACGGGCAGGAGACAGAAUCUCACAUCAAACAUGAAUUUGAAAAGCAAUCUACAAACGAGGCAACAGAAACCCGUGGGGGGAAUACAGGAUCUUUCAACCAACCUGAUCUCGAAAAACAGCCCACGAACCGUGCUGCAGAGCAAUGUGGGGAGAACAUGGCUCCGAAAUACCCAGAAACUGAUUUGAGUCGAGGCAUAGUCGGAUGGGACAGCCAGAGUGACCCCCAGAAUCCCCAGAACUUUGCGCCAGGCAAAAAAUGGGCGUUGCUAGCCUUAAUUAGCGCUUUCACAUUGAUCUCUCCACUUGCCUCCAGCAUGUUCUCCCCAGCGGUUACGUACAUGGCUUCGGAUUUUGGUGAGACGGACGAAACGAUUCUUUCACUCAGCGUCAGCAUCUUCUUAGUCGGAUAUGUGGUCGGGCCUCUUCUACUGGCUCCUUUGAGCGAAAUCUACGGCCGUCGUGUAGUGCUCAGCGCUGCCAACUGGUUCUUCGUGGUUUGGCAGAUUGGGUGCGCUCUUGCAAAGAAUAUCGAAACACUUAUUGUUUGUCGCCUACUCGCAGGAAUGGGAGGAUCCGCUUGCAUUACUCUUGGCGCCGGCGUUGUUGCAGAUCUCUUUCCAACCGAACUGCGUGGUCGAGCUACUUCGAUCUGGAGUAUGGGUCCUUUAAUCGGCCCCGUGGUUGGGCCAAUUGCUGGUGGCUUUCUCGGCGAGGAAGUCAGCUGGCGAUGGAUUUUCUGGCUUCUGCUGAUUGCAGGCGGAGCUUUUCAGGUUGGCAUUGAGCUGCUUAAUAAGGAGACAUACGCCCCGGUCUUGAUCAAAUGGAAGACAGCCAAGAUGAACAAAGAGCUUGGCCGCACAGACUUGAUUAGCGCCUACACGGCUGGUAGCGAGUCCCUUUCAAAUGCUCAAGUCUUGAAACGUAGCCUUAUCCGACCUGCAUUAUUACUAUGCAAAUCUCCGAUCGUUGCUCUUCUGUCGCUCUAUAUGUCUCUCGUUUACGGCUUGUUAUACCUCUUUUUCACCACCAUUUCCGAUGUCUUCACGAGUACCUACAACUUUACGGUUGGUCUCUCUGGUCUCGCGUAUUUAGGCAUCGGCGUCGGCUUCUUCGUUGGUCUCGUGAUCAUCGCCUUGACGAAUGAUCGUAUCGUUCAUAAGCUCACAGCUCAGAACGGAGGCAAAUUCCAGCCAGAAAUGCGUUUGCCAACAAUGAUCAUGUUUUCUUGCAUUCUGCCAAUUAGCUUUUUCUGGUACGGGUGGACGGCCGAUAAGCAUGUUCACUGGAUUGUGCCUAUUAUUGGCAUGUUUCCCUUCGGUGUGGGAAUGAUGGGUGUUUUUAUGCCUAUCCAGACCUAUAUUAUCGACUGUUACCCGGCCUAUGCGGCGUCAGCUAAUGCAACCCUGACAUCGACCCGUUCGCUAGUGGGUGCCUUCCUUCCUCUUGCUGGUCCAGCUAUGUUCCAAUCUCUGGGUCUGGGCUGGGGAAAUUCGUUGCUAGGGUUCGUAGCACUUGCCUUUGUUCCCAUCCCGAUCAUUUUCACCAAAUAUGGCCAGCAGAUUCGCGAAAAAUGGCCGGUGGAUCUCGAUGGUACGAAAAAAAUGGAAGGCUGA